UACUUUCCAUCAAAGAAUAUAACCAAAGUAAAGUAGUUUACCUUCUCCAUUAAAUACCAGAGGAAAUUGAAGGAACUAUCUAAAAACCAUCUUUUAUUUCUUUCUGUGUGACAAAAAGAGCACUAUUUACGACGCGAUUAUAAUGUUGGAUUGUACAGGUAUAUUAAAUCGACAUGUUUAUCCGGAUCUUUCAAUCAUUUUUCUACAGAUGAAAAAAUGAAAUUGGUAAUUCUUCUUGUGUUCCUGGCACGGAAUAUUUUUGCCAGUAACUCGUCUUGUCGGCUUACGUCACUCAUCAAUGAAAAACAAUCGAAUAUCACGCCAGUUCUUGAAAAACAUGAAGCUCUUCUUUUAAUGUUCCUUGGCUUUGGAGGUCUAUCGAUCACCUUAGGGAUAGUCCACUUUGCAGUUCGCCGAUAUAUUUAUCGAGAUGCACACAGCUUAGAUACAGUUUUUGAUGCCGGCGGAAAAGUUACCUUAGGUCUUACAGCUGUCACAGUGACCUCUCAAAUGUUAUGGCCGGCUGACUUCCUACAAAGUGCUACGAUCAUGAGUAAGUACGGACUAGGAGGCUCAUUAUUUUUUGCAGUAGCCAUUGUGUUGGAUAUUUUAAUGUUCCCAGUUCUUUCGUUAACACUUAAGACAAGGGCACCAGGAGCUAAAACUUUUCUACAGAUUAUUUGCGCACGCUUUGGAAAAGGAGCACACAUUGUGUUUUGCUGUAUUGCACUAUUUGCCAAUAUGAUAACAGUGAUGGCUCUUAUUUUAGCAGCCAAAGCCGCUAUGAAUGUUCUAGUGAAGGAUGUUUCAGAUGAAAUGAUUCUUCUCUUGUUGGCUUUCCUAUUUGGUUCUUACUGUCUUAUUGGUGGACUUGGUACUACCUUCUAUAUAUCAUAUUUUAACACUGCUUUAACAUUUGUCAGUGUACUAGUGUUUAUUGUACACGUAACAUAUAAAGAGACUGACAACAUUUUCACAAAGAAGGAAAAUAUAUACGAGGCCAUGAAAUGUAUACACGCUCCAGAUGGUAAUUAUGAAAACUCAUUUUUGACAUUUAGAUCUCGAGGAGGUGUGAUAUAUGGAGUAGUGGUGUUUCUUAUGGCAACAUCAUUGAGUUUUUGUGACCAAGCUCAUUGGCAAAGUCGAAUUGCAGCUAAGCCUGCUCAGGGUGUUGCAGGCUUUUUCAUCGCUGCCUACCUGUGGUUUGCUAUUCCAUUAACGAUAACCAUUACAUCAUCCACCUUAUACAUGUCCAUGAGCUAUCAGAAUGGAACUCAUCUGUUGAGCUCUUUUGAUGUAGAUUCUGGCUUUAUUACUCCAUUUGUAAUGGAAUCUGUAAUGGGUAAGACAGGAGCUUACAUGUUGAUUACCAUGAUAACGAUGGCAUUGAUGUCCACGGGAUCAGGGGAAGUAAUGGCCGUGUCAUCGAUAAUAGUUUAUGAUAUUUAUAAAGUUUACAUCAGUCCAUACAGGAAAGGUAUUGAUAUAACAAACUGUCCAUUAUGCGGGAAAGAAAGGAAGCAUACAGAUGACACAGGAAACUCAGACCAGAUCUGUAAAUGUCCCUCUGUAACUACAUGUAAAGCCUGUGAAAAUGAUGUCAUGGUCAGACUGAAAGCUCAGCAUUUUAUGCAUCCUUACGAAUGUAGUGUUCAUGGCCGGUAUCGACGAUAUGAAGACGAACUAUUACACUACAAAACCUGGUGCAUGAUAUGGGUGACAAUUGGCAUAGUUCCCUAUGGACUUAUUAUUGUUAACCUCGGCGUGAAUUUAAACUGGGCUGUUUUCACACUGCAGGGUGUCUAUAGUGCAUUUCUUUGUCCACUACUAAUGUCUAUUGUAUGGUCAAAAUGUACAGCAAAAGCAAUAAUUACAGGUAGCAUAAUGGGAAUAUUUGCAUAUGUUGCUGGAGUACUAAUUGUAGCCGAAUUAGUGUAUGAAGGAGGAUUAGGUAACUUUCUAACCAAUACUUCCUCAGAUUACAGCUUAUUAGGGGGAAUAACUUCCGCUGUAAUCAUGAGUGUCAGCUGCACAAUAAUCAUAUCGCUCUGUACUCAUAAUAUCAAGACAAAACAGGAUGCUGAAAGGGUUUGGGAUAAAACUCUUUCUAUUGACAAUCCUCUAAAUCCUUGGAGGAACGUUUAUAAAGAAGAAUUUGCCAGUAUAAAUGUUUCAGAAGAUACAAAAGUAAAUACAACCCAUAUGACCAAAAUUUUCAGAAGUGCGAGAAUACUGGCAGUAGUGGGUGGUUUGAUAAGUUUUGUUAUAUUCGGAGUCGUCAUUCCUGCCAACGUUUUAUCAUUAGAAAUAUUGACUUAUGAUCAGUUUUCAUCAUGGUCGUUCGCCUGUCAGAUUUGGGUAAUGAUUGCCGCAACAGUUGCAAUUGUGGUGCCUCCAAUCGAGGAAAUAGUUCAGAUAGUAAGAUACUAUUCCAGGAACAAGUCAAACGAGUCUGUUAGCCAGAAGUAUGUGCUAUCUAGCAAAUAAUGGCAGAUAUAGCAUUUUGAGAGUUACUGUAUGGAAAAAUAUUAAUUUGGUAGUUAUUGCAGUGAAAAUAAUAAUUUGGUAGUUAUUGCAGUGAAAACAACAAUUUGGUAGUUAUUAUAGUGAAAAAUAACAAUUUGGUAAUUAAUGUAGUGAAAACUAACAAUUUCUUUCUUAUUAUAGUGAAAAAUAACAAUUUGGUAGUUAUUUUAGUGCAAAAUAACAAUUUGGUAGUUAUUGUAGUGCAAAAUAAGAGUUUGACAGUUACUGCAGAGAAAAAUAUAAUCGGAUUUUUUUAUAUUAAAAAAUAGGUAGCUA